CAUGUCACAGAGCUUUUAAGGACAGCCUGGCACCGACAUUUCAGCACACACAGGCUGAGCACACACACGGCAUGAAAAAUGGCAGUUUUAAUUGGCAGUUACAGCACAACUUUACUCGGAGUUAGCAUCUUUGUUGCUUUUCUGACCUACUUAACCUACAAGCUGCUGAGCGAUUACCUGCACAAAUGGUUUGAGAUGAAGCCGAUCCCUGAGCUGGGAACCACUUACCCCUUCAUUGGGAAUGCUCUGCAGUUCAAAAACAAUGCGGGCGACUUCUUUCGUCAAAUUCAGGAUUUUACCUGGGAGUUCCGAGAUAAGCCGCUGUUUAAACUCUGGGUCGGGCCGGUCCCCUUUGUGGUUCUGUAUCACGCUGAGACGGUUGAGCCGGUUCUGGCUAACAGCAUUCACAUGGAGAAAGCUUUUGCAUACAAGUUUCUGCAUCCUUGGCUGGGAACUGGUCUGCUUACUAGCACUGGGACCAAGUGGCGUCAGCGGAGGAAGAUGCUGACGCCCACCUUUCACUUCUCCAUCCUGGAGGACUUCUUGGAAGUGAUGAACGAGCAGGCUGAGAUUCUGGUGGAGAAGUUGGAAAACCACGCAGGGAAGGGUCCAUUCAACUGCUUCAGUCUCAUCACCCUCUGUGCUCUCGACAUUAUCUGCGAAACUGCAAUGGGAAAGAAAAUUUAUGCACAGAGUAACUCUGAUUCGGAGUAUGUUAGGAGCGUGUACAGAAUGAGCGACAUUGUCAGUCGCAGACAGCGGUCACCUUGGUUAUGGCCUGACUUCAUUUACACUUACUUUAGUGAAGGCCGCGACCACGACAAAACACUCAAGGUCCUCCACUCCUUUACCUACAAAGUGAUCCAUGAAAGAGCUGAGAACAUGUCCUGCAACGAGUCAGACAGCGAAAACGACCAAGGCAAGAGGAAACGACGGGCAUUUCUGGACAUGCUCCUGAGCACCACCUAUGAAGACGGCAGCAAGAUGAGCCAUGAGGACAUCCAGGAGGAAGUGGACACCUUUAUGUUUCGGGGCCAUGAUACUACAGCCGCCGCUAUGAAUUGGGCUCUCCACCUGCUGGGCUCGCACCCUGAGGUGCACAAGAAAGUUCAACAAGAGCUACAGGAGGUGUUCGGUACAUCUUCCCGGCCCACCAGCACUGAGGACCUGAAGAAGCUCAAGUACCUGGAGUGUGUGAUCAAGGAGGCUCUGAGGCUGUUUCCCUCUGUGCCUUUCUUUGCUCGUAGCCUCGGUGAAGACUGCUAUAUCAACGGUUUCAAGGUUCCUAAAGGCGCAAACGCGAUCAUAAUCACCUACUCUCUUCACCGUGAUCCACGGUACUUCCCCGAGCCCGAAGAGUUCAGGCCUGAGCGUUUUCUGCCGGAGAAUUCGGUGGGAAGGCCUGCCUAUGCAUACGUCCCCUUCUCAGCUGGACUCCGCAACUGUAUAGGCCAGCGUUUCGCACUCAUGGAAGAAAAGGUGGUGCUGGCGGCUAUUUUGCGGAACUUCACAGUCGAAGCCUGUCAGAAACGCGAAGACCUCCGCCCGGUUGGAGAGCUCAUCCUACGACCAGAGAAGGGCAUCGUGAUCAAAUUAGAAAAGAAGACGCCUCAAACGUCAUCAAACUAACACCUGAUGCAGCAUCCUGGGGAAUUUUCUCUGCAUGGUUUUUAUCUAAUGACACAUAACAAUGUGACAUUUUUAAAAAAUAUUUUAGUAAUUUUAGGAAAUUCCUAUUUUCAUAAUGAUAAAUAUUCAUAAAUACAGAUGACAAAGGAAUCCUGAAAUGCUGUUUGCUGUGUUGUGUGUAGACACAGCACUGGUCCAUCUUUGAGCUGAAUGAUUCACAGGUCAGUGUGAAGAGGCUUAAAAAAUCCUCGAAAGCAAAAUAUAAAGAAAGAGUUUUCCAAACUAUAAGAUUUACAGUAUAGAUUUACACCAUAUUGUGAGUUACAUUAAUAAAAAUGAACCGACGAUUUCAAAACACGCGACUGAUUAAUUGUGGAAAAUGAGAUAAUCAGCUACUUAAAUGGAGUCAGUCACAGAUAAUUAUUUUCUAGGUUACACCCAUUUUACGAAAAAAUGAAAGCAUUCAUCUUGAUUCCCAGCUGGGAUAGGCUCCAGCCGCCCUGCACCCUGAGUUGGAUAAGUGUACGAGAAUGGACGGAUGGAUGAUUCACAUCCACUAUGCACUCUGCACGAGUUUAUACCCAUGUAUGACACAUUUCUGUUAUUUUGUAUGUGGCUGUGUAACGUAGAUAAACAGUAUGGAGGAUUAAAAACGGAACUUAUGUACAUGCACACACAUAUAUGUAUAUAUAUUUUGUGGUAUCAGCUUGUAAUGAAGUCCUGAAUCACACUUUAAGAUAUUAAUUACACUUACAGUACAAACAAGAUCUGUCUUUUGACUGUGCAGUGUUUCAAGUGCUAUAGUAAUUUUUAACCUUUAGCCAUUGUGUUUUCUGUGGAUUGACCCCCCUUUAAAAAAAAAUAGUUGCUGUCUUUAUGUGUAGCUUUCAUUUUCUUUACUUACCAAAAACCUACUAUUCUUUCUCCAAUAAAAAGU